CAGCCCACAACAAAACAUUGAAUUGCAUUGUCUAUCAGCAGAAGCACAUUUUGACACUUCCUUCUCCACUCACAACACAUGGCUCCACUAAAUUUCAACCACUGACCACCACUCCAACUUCCUUUCUUUUUUAACAUUAUUGGAAUUCCAUAAAUUCUCAUUUGCAGCACCGGCCGAAAUUUUACUAUUAUUCUGAAAUUUCCUGGUUCCGAAUUUGACUUCUCACCACAAAGGAGAGGAGUUCUUCGAAAGUGCCUUCCACACAUUUAUGUAUCCCUCAUGAUGAGGAUGCUGUAUGAACGAUAACGAUACACUUUACUCGUUUUCCUUUAUCUCCGCCUCAUAUAUCUCCACAUUUCAACAACAUGAUUUAAUUAAAUUACAAGUGAGUGAGUCACGAACAAUUUUUGCUGCACGAAACGGACAACUCAAAGGACCACACACGGAAGAACAAAAAUGCUGGGGUUCAUGGGCUUGGAAAUUUAUACGUAAUCUACUAAUCACGCAGAAGAAAUUGUAUUUCUAACGCCAUCAUCAUCAUCAUUUUAGACCUUUACUUACUUGUAUUACCAACAAGGUUCUAGUAACAUUAAUUAAUAACGCGUGUAGCCUCAAGCGUCAGACGACCACAUCAAAGGGGAAAUAUGCUCUCUCAUAAAUUGCAUCGUUUCGUGAAAAAUAUUAGGGCUGAACAGAGGACGGUCGUAGCAGCAAGUGUCGCUCUCGGGACUUUCAUCAGAAACUUGAGUGUUAACAAUGCCAACCAGUCGCCGAAUUCCACUUCAUUUUGUUCGCCCUCUUUUUCUUUUUCAUCACCCUCGCAGAUGGGAUGUGAUGAAAUAGGGCACAGAUCGAACGGAAGCUGGAUGCGAUUUCAACUGGAUCAAUUGCCAGCAGGGCACUUAUUUCGAAAUAAUGCUAUAAAUAAUAUGGGAUUCAUCUCUGGCUCCGUGGUACAGUCUUACACUUCACAAAAGCCGCCAUUGUCCAGACAGUUGCACACAUCAUCCCUUUUCAUGUCAAUCUACUCUCGAACCACGUCGAUCCACUUGCAAUUACUCCAGGAGAAGAAGAGCACGAGCACUUUGGGAUUCAAUGGACGCAAUACGAGAUUCCUCAUGACACCACAAGAUCAACGCUUCUAUUCGAAGGGAAAGGACGACAAGGAAAGUGAAAGUAGCAAUAAUCUCCUUAAUGACUCAAAGACUUCUGCAAAUGGUGCGGGACGACCUAAUCUAGACCUGCCAAUUAAUACGAUACCGAUAAAAGACGGACUACAAACAAGAGCCUCUGUGACUGAGUUUCUAGGUCAUUUAACAGAAGAACAAAAAGGGCUUUUGUACCAUAGUUUGAACGUGGUUGUUCUUCGGGACAAGUACGAAGGUCAUCUGGGUUCUUCAAAGUCCGAGUCACACCACUACUUGUCCAAAUUCGGUCGUCCUACAGCCGCCGUGGGGGAGGAGCCGACUGGAACGCUGUGCGAGGUCCCUCCAAAAUGGCUCCACACUCGUUUAGUGCCCAUGGAAGACUAUCCUCCACCGGAAAGACUAUCCUCUGAUGAGAAAUUGCACCCUCCAAGUGCGGCGGCUAUUUGGGCUGUUGGAAUCAAGAAUGCCUUGCCCUUCAUUGGCUUUGGAUUUCUUGACAAUCUCAUCAUGAUUCUUGCGGUAUGUUUCCUUCCACUCUUGUCUUUCUUGUAAGUAUAUUUGAUGGAAGUUUCAUCUUAAAACGCCAUCAUUUUUAGUGGUUUGCAGCAAGCUUUAACUUUUAACUCUUGUUUUACUGCUAAAUAGAAUAGUUAUACUAUUUAUCUCUCUUCAUACACUUGUAGGCUACACAACAUACAUACAUAGAUACACAUAGUCUCGUUAAACUAUUAUUGCUUACUUGCUUUUCAAGCUUAAUUUUCACCUCAUUUUCAAUCUCACAGGAUAGAGCUUUUCAGUGAGAUUGCUUUUAGUAUGGUCCCACAGGAGUAGUACAGAUGGGUUGAUGGUGAGAUUUAUUACGUAAUUAGGUUUAUGAAAGCGGAAAUAAAUUGGUUGAUAGAUGCUUGAGAAAUGAACAUGUGUGGGUAUGCCAAACUACGUGUGUGUUUCAAAUGUUACGUAACGUAUGAUUUCUGAUAACACUGUAGUAUUUGUAAUUCUUUAUUAAUCAUUCAGUUCAGAUUUGUCGUAUCCUGUUCAUUUACUUUGUUUCUGGCAUGAUAAUGAUUCGUGUGCAGUUUACAGAUGAUUUAAUUUACAACGCAAUCGAUUUUUUCAUUGCUGUUUUAUUGGUGGUGCCAAAAUUGUUGAAAUACUACGUAUGUAUAUCUGUACAUGCUUACACUACCACCCCAUCAGAAUUACUUGAGCCCUAUAGUCAGUAAUGAUGCUACUUGAAGAAAGGUAAAGUUUGGGAACAAAUGUCUGCGGUGGUAAUUUCUUCCUAACUCGGAAGGGAGACUUUUACGUGACCGAGACGAUCUAUUCUCCGUACAGUUAAAAUAAUCAGUAAUUCCAAAUUUUAUUAACAUGUCCUGGCGUUAUUGCCGUGCUAUAUUAACUGCUAAAUGGGGGAGAGCUAAUCGUUG